UCCAAAUUGGAUCGGUGUCAUAGCGCAGGUGUCACUGGCCAGACAACCCCAGCAGGCCCCAGCACCAGGAUUGACUGCGAGUGUGAACAAAAUGACGGCGAGGCCUCCUCCUGCACGCCCGCACGUAGGGUUGCAUUCAUCCUUCAAUAAUGCAAGGGCAAGCACGGAAUGGGGUGAAGAUGAUGCAUGGGACAGCGCAUCCGACUCGGAAUCCCCGCUACGUCAAUCGCACCUGUCAUGGAGAGCCACUACAACUUCACCGAGGCAGCAGAUACCUCCUCAAGCAGCCCCGAAGCCAGUCCCAAGGCCAUCAAACAAUUCGUCGUCCUCAACACUCGCGUUCUCCUACACACAUGUCAGUGCACCGAGUCCUAGUUCUUAUCCUCCAAAGGUGGAGGAAGAGUCCUCCAGCCAGCUGUCCAAAGGCGGCGGAUGGAUGGUGGUCAGGAAACCAAGUAUAUCCCAGCGCAAUACAGACGGUAAAUCACCACAGGUCAACUGUGAUGAUAUGAACGGGGAUGGCGACCUCGAUGCCGAUAUGGUUAUUGGUGAUUUCGAACCAGAGAUCGAGCCGGUAGUAGCUACCAAGGCUAGAUUACCGCACGGGACAAUGAAGCCCGAUGCUGAAGAGGUGGUCAAUGAUCCCUUUUGCAGGCUUCUGCGUUCAUCCCAUGCCCCAAACCCAAACUUGUCGAGUACGCUCCCGGAAAACAAAACGAACAUAAUUGCUCGCUCUGGAGACACAGAGAAAUUCCUCCGAGAGACUUCCAUUCGUCACAACCGCCGCCUGAAGUUCAUCGACUGUCUGAGCAAAGAAGAUGUGGAUAUUGCGGAACUGCGCAAACUAGCAUGGGCUGGUACGCCGGAUGAUCUAAGGCCGAUUGUCUGGCCAGUACUUUUGGGUUAUAUUCCUUUGCCUUCAAAUUUACGUGUCCCCACUCUCGCUCGAAAACGAGAAGAAUAUCUAUCCUUGGUCCAACUUGCUUUCGCUCGUGACCGACAAAGUCUCGACCAACAAGUCUGGCAUCAAAUUGAGAUCGAUGUCCCACGAACGCGACCAGGCGUACAACUUUGGAUACAGGAAACAACGCAGCGUAGUCUGGAACGGAUUCUUUACGUCUGGGCUAUACGACACCCGGCGAGUGGAUACGUGCAAGGCAUAAAUGAUCUCGUUACCCCAUUUUUUCAAGUAUUCCUGUCUGCAUAUAUCGAUUCGGAUCCCGAACUUUUCGAUACCUCAUUGCUUCCACAGCCUAUCCUCAACGCUAUCGAAGCCGAUUGCUUUUGGUGUCUUUCGCGUCUUUUAGACGGUAUCCAGGAUAACUAUAUAUCCGCUCAACCUGGUAUUCACCGCAGUGUCAAGCGCAUGGCGGAGCUUAUCUCGCGUAUCGAUGCACCCCUAUACAACCAUCUAGAGUCUCAGAAUGUCGAAUUCAUGCAGUUCGCAUUCAGGUGGAUGAAUUGUUUGCUGAUGCGGGAGAUUAGCGUUCAGAAUACCAUACGAAUGUGGGAUACCUACUUGGCCGAAGGAGCGGAUGCGUUUUCCCAGUUUCACUUAUAUGUGUGCUCUGCAUUCCUCGUUAAAUGGAGUACAAAACUCAGGCAGAUGGACUUCCAGGGUAUAAUCAUGUUUCUUCAAUCUCCACCCACCCAGGAUUGGGGGGACCACGAGAUUGAGUUGCUCCUUAGUGAAGCUUUUGUGCUUUGCUCAAUUUGGCACAAUGCACAGAGUCACCUCAAUGCUAGGUAGCUCAUUAAUGAUUAUGUCGUAACUAAACGCGGAGCAGAAAGCAUAUGGUGAUGUGUAUGUGUGACCAGCAUGAUCGGUAUAUAACAGCAGCAGGAUAGAACUGGGCUCAUGAAGUUGCUUGGGAAGCAGCAAUUUCUCGAUCCAUCGCGUCCUUCAAACUUACCGCUUGUGAUUCUGUUUUCACUCGUAUUCUGUAAGACGCUGGCGCUCCGUUCUCGUGACCCACGAACGCGAUCGACGUUUUUGCCAAAGAGGGCUUGAGACCACUGAACAACCUAAAAUU